GCUCCACAGAUUGGGGGCCCUGUCCAGCUGCUGCCAGGCCUGCAAGAUGCUCGCCAGAGCCCCCUGGAGCCUGGUCCUGAGAAGCAGAGGACUCAGAACACGAGGGGUACACAGCCCCGGAGGCACUGCCCAGGCUGAGGACAAGAUGCCCCCCUACAUCAACUGCUACGCCCUGCGCUCCUAUCCGAUGCCAGAGGAUCCCUGCUGUACAGAGCUCAGCGCCGAGCAGCAGGCCCUGAAGGAGAAGGAGAAGGGCAGCUGGGCCCAGCUGACGAAGGCCGAGAAGGUGGCCCUGUACCGCCUCCAGUACAACGAGACCUUCGCCGAGAUGAACCGUCGCUCCAACGAGUGGAAGACGGUGAUGGGCGGGGUCUUCUUCUUCGUGGGAGUCACAGGGCUGAUCAUCUGGUGGAAGCGGGUCUAUGUGUUCCCCGAGAAGCCCAUCACGCUGACAGACCAGUGGAAGGCCCAGCAGCUCCAGCGCAUCCUCGACAUGAAGGGCAACCCCGUGCAAGGCCUGGCUGCCCGGUGGGACUACGACAAGAAGGAGUGGAAGAAGUGAUAUUGCCCCAGCGGCCCUCCCUGCAGGCCCACCCCUAGCGGCCCCUCCUCUGCCCUUCACCUCAAUAAAACCGGGCCGAUUGCUUCUGCCAA